GUCCGCUCCCCGCCGCCCACAUGCUACACUUCACCCCAGCUUGCUGCCCUGUUGUCCCAGCGCCGCCUCAGCUCCUCCCGCGGCCGGCCCCACCCUCCGCCUCCCGCGCUCGUCAGGAUUGGCUGAGCGCGAGCUCGCUGCGCAGGGAUUGGCUGAGCGCAGAGGCCCGCCCUUUGUGUCAGCGGGCUAGGUUACUCAGCGUGAGGUCGGCGGCAGCCUAGUUGCGGGUGCUUUAGUACUACUCGCUCCCUCCCCCUCCCGGCCGGGCCCGCAGGGAGAGUGACACUCAUCAGGCGGCUCCGGCAGCUCGCAACCGCCAUCCCUGUCGAUCAGCAGUUUGGGAGAUUAAGGACACACAAAGGGAACAUCUGCUUUUAAGGUUACAGAGGUGCUAAAGCAUGGCUGACUUGGAUCACAAUCUCAGUCUUGCAGAUGCUCUGACAGAACCACCAGCAGAAAUUGAGGAAGAAGUGAAACGAGACUUCAUUGCCACCCUGGAAGCAGAGAAAUUUGAUGACGUGGUUGGAGAAACAGUGGGUAAAACCGACUAUAUCCCCCUACUGGAUGAUGAUGAUGCAAAGGCUGAGAGCCAGGAACCAAAAAGCAAGUCCCACACAGACGGUGGUCAGGUAGAAAGUACUUCAGCUGUUGGACCAGCAGUGCUAGAAAAUGGUGACCAUGGAAUAGAUGAUGACAGUACAGUAUCCCCAAGAGAGAUCACGGGUGAAAAGAUGUCCUACAAAGAGUUUCUGGAUCACAGCGAGACCUGGGCGAUGGAUGAUAGAGACCUUUGCUUUGAAUCACAGUCGAUAUUCAGACCCAUGGAGGAGACAGAGCCCUUCAAGAUGCACAGAGAGGAUGUCCUGUCUGAUAUGCUGCUACGUCCUUCUGGGGAGACUCGCCUACCAUUCACAGAGCAUUUUGAAGCUUCAGAAGAAGUUCAUGCACCCCAUGCAGCUGUGAUGGUACCUGAACUGCCUUCUCUGGGAUCCCCAUAUUCUCCUGCAGAAGUUAUAGAUCCAUCUGCCUUCAUGACCCUGGAUUCAACAACAGAGUCUCUGCUGAAUAUAUCAGCACCUGCAAGAGUGACAGUGCCUGAAGAACAUUGGCUGGGAGUUCAGCAUGCUGUUGAGGGACUAGAUGAAUCUUCCUUUGGAGAGCCACCAGAACCCACCAGGUUAGCUGAUGUAUCAGAACAAUAUUUGCCAAGUCCAGUGGCUGCUGCACCUGCUGCUGUUCCUUCUGCACUAACAGAGCCUACAGGAGAGACCAAAGCUACUGACACACCGCAGGUUGAACCAACAGCAUCUGCUCCAGCUGUGGAAGAAGUAUGUGUUCAAGUGAUGGGACAAGUGUCUAUUCCUGUAGUGGAAGAGCUGAUGGUGUUUGAACCUUCUGUUGAGCAACACAAGUCCGCUCUUAAUGAACCUCCAGCAGUAUCGUCUGCUCCAGCUGAGGUAAUGGAACAAAAAGUGACGGUCCCAGAAGCCUCUACUCCUGGUGCAGAUAGUACUCUUGUGGAAGAGAAUAAACCAUCUCCCAGCAAACAUACAGAGCAUCUUCCGAAGCCAAAUGAACUCCUCCCAGAGCUGGCAGUGGAAGCAAAAGAACCAUUUACAUUAAUAGAAACUAAAGAAACCCUUCCGGAAAAAACAGCUCCGGCUGCUGACCUGGCCAUAGUAGAGAAGCUGAAGGAAGAGGCUGAGCUUAGUCAUGCCCACCAUAUAGAACCUCCACAAGAGAAAUCUCCACUGGAACCUACAGGUGUACCUACUGCACAAGUAAGGCAAGCUAACAAAUCAAGUGACCGCAGGUUUGGCAGAGCAAAACCUGCAGCAGUGCCUGGUGCAGAUGUCCCAGAGGAACUUCUAGUAGGUCUCUCACAACAGAAGAGUAGUGACCCAAAAGCAGACCCCUUUUCUAUGCCAGAACUUGGAUGGGUCUCUGGAACAUUCUCACGGACUAGGGCACCACAUAAAAAGGCAGCCGGGCAGCUACUCAGCAUGCCGUCUGAGUUUGUAGAGAGCCAGAGAGAUGUACCUAGAGAGACCUGGGAUUCAGAAGGUUCUCCAGUGAUUCUGAAGAAGAAGAAGAAGAAACCGAAACAAAAGAGAAACCACCAUCCAAGAACAAUGGAGUUGGGGGAUGAAAAUGUAGGAGUUUCUAAAGCUCCCAAAGUUCCCCUCUUUGCUGCUGAACUGCAAAAGCCAGACAUUCCCUUUGUCUUGCCUGCUGAAGGUGUCAAAGAGCACUCUACUCCCUCAAGAGAGGGCAAGAGGAAGGGAACUUCAGAUGUAUCAAGGGAUGCUAAGGUAGGAACUGAAAGCCACCUCUUAGACGAUCAAAAUAUUAUCUCAAGUCCCGCAGCAGGCCAGCAGAGCCUGAAAACUGAAGGACCAUUUAAAUUUUUGUUGGAUGCAAAAGGUGGAGAAGUCAUGAAACCAGAAGAAAUGAAAGAUGACAGUUCGUUGCAGUCUAAAAGCAAAAACAAACAGGUACCCUUGGAGAAGCUAGAAUGCAAGGCAGAACACACUAAGAUGGGGGAUCCUGCAUCAGCACUGACACAAACCAAACCUAUGGAAAUAAGUUUUGUUGAAAAAAACAAAAAGAUUGAGUGUAAACAUUCAGAGCAUUCAGACCUUAAAGCAUCAAUUUCAAAAGGCAUCAACCUAAACAAAGUGGACACUCCUUUGGAGGCCAAACCUGUAGAAAUUAGCCUUAUUGACGAAAAUAAAGAGAUUAAGUGCGUAUCUCCCAAACAUAUAGCAGCAGAUGAGACCGUUCCAAGUGAAGUUCAAACUCCCAUUGGGGCACUGACGGGAGAGAAACCAAAGAAAAGAGGUAGUGAUAAAAAAAGCAGAAAGACUGAAAAUGGUAUCUCCAAGCAGCCUGCUGUUUUAGAGAUUAAGACAGAUACAACCAAUCUUCCUGCUGUAGCAAAGAGAGUCGACAAAACUAAAGAAACAGAUUCCUUUGAUAAAAGCCAAGAGACUGGCUCUGUUACUUCAGAGCCUCCAUUGGAAACUGCAACAGAUAUUACUAAAGUACCCCUUAUACCAUUGGUCUCAGACAAACCUAAAGAGGGCAUUGCUGGGAAAAACAAAAAGGCUGACUUCAGUUUUUCAGAGCAGCCAUUUCUUUUGGAAACUAAGACAGAUACAGCCAAACUUCCUGCUCCUGCUGAGACAGUUGACAUAGCUAACAUAGAUUUUACUGAUAAAAGCAAACAGACUGGAUUCACUGCAUUGGAUCAUCCAACUGAGACAGAUCCCAACAUGGCACUGGUUACAGACAAAUCUAAAAAGAGGGGUAGUGAUGGGAAGAACAAAAAGGUUAAAAAUUUCUCUGAGCAGCCAGUUCUUCUGGAGGCCGAGAGAGACCCGAACAAACUUCCUGCUGUAGUUGAGACAGCUGACAAAACUAAAGAAAUAAUCUUUACUGAUAAAGACAAAGAGACUGGCUUUGCUAUUGCAGAGCAUUCAUUGGAGAAUAUGACAGGUCCCAGUACUGCAAAGGUGGCAGACAAGCCUAAGAAAAGGACUAGUGAUGGAAAAAACAAAAAGGCUGAAAAAAGUUAUUUCCAGCAGCCAUUUUUUCUGGAGGUUAAGGAAGACACAAGCAGUCUUCCUGCUGUAAUGGAGAAGGAUGACAAAACUAAAAAAAUAUUUUUCACUGAUAAAGGUAAAGAGACUGAUUUUACUAUUGCAGAACAUCUGUUGGAGGGUGCAACAGCUACAGUGAAGGUACAAGGUCCCACUACAACACUGGUAACAGAAGAACCUAAAAAUGGUAUGACUGGGAAAAGUGAAAAGGCUGAAUUCAGUAUUUCAGAACAGCCACUUCUUUUGGAGACUAAAACAGAUGCGGCCAAACUUUCUGCUAGUGCUGAGACAAUCAGCAAAACAAAAGAAGAUAGUUUGAUGGAUAAAAGCAUAGAAACUGAAUUUACUACAGAUUCCAGUAGAGCACUGAUGACUGACAAACCUAAAAAGGAGGACAGUGACAGGAAAGGCAAAAAAGCUGAAAAAAGUUCUUUUGAGCAGCCUUUUCUUCUGGAAACUAAGACAGACACACGCAAGCUUCCUACUGUAGUGGAAAAGGCUGAAAAAAUUAAAGAAAUGGGUUUUGCUGAUAUAGGCAAGGAGCCUAUUUUUACUACAGCAGGGCUUCAACUGGAGAAUUUGACAGAUACAACCACGGUACAAGUUCCCACUAUGAAACUGAUAACAGAAAAACCUAAAAUAAAGGAAAGUAAUGAAAAAAGUUUCUUUGAGCAACUUGUUCCCUCAGAUUAUGAAAUGGACACAGCAAAGUCCAAAACACUCUUCAAAACUAAAGAAACUCAUUCCUCUGAUAAAGCCAAGCAGACUGAUUUUACUACUUUAGAUCACCUCUUGGAGGAUAUAACAGAUACAGCUAAGGCACACAUUCCCAUUACAGAACUGGUGGCGGACAAACCUAAGAAGAGGUGUAGUGAUGGGAAAAGCAAAAAGAUUGAAAAUAGUGCUGAGCACCUUGCUGUCUUGGAGGCAAAGACAGACUCCGUUAAACUUCCUGCAGUAGUCGAGGAGGCUGAUAAAAUUAAAGAAAUUCACUCCACUGAUAAAAGCAAGGAGACUCAAUUUACUACUUCAGAGCAUCUGUUAGAGGAUAUAACAGAUACAGCUAAAAUACAAACACCCAUUACACCAUUGGUGACAGGAAAAGCAAAAGAGAAUAAUGAGAACAGCACAAAGGCUGAUGUUGGUUUGGAGAAGCCAUUUCUUUUGGAGACUAAAGUAGAUACAGCCACACUUCCUGGUGGUGCUGAUGAGAUAGUCGACAAAACUGAAGCUGUAACUUCUUCUGAUAAAAACAGAGAGGCUGGAUUUACUAUUUUAGAACAUCGAACAACGAUAGAGCCCGGUCCAGCACUGGUGCCUAAUAAGUGUAAAAAGAGGGGUAAUGAUGGAAAAAACAAAAAGGCUAAAAAUGCCUCUGAACAGCCAGUUCUUCUGGAGACUAAGACCGACAAAAGCAAAAUACAGCCUCCUAUAGUAACCGAUCUGGAGUACCAAAUGGAAGAAAUGGGUCUUGUAGAUGAAAAUCAAAAUAUUAGAAAUUUCUCCUCUGAGCAUCAAAUGCUUUGGGAUAAUAAGGUGGACUUGUUCACACCCUACACUCAGUCUAGAGCAGCUGGUGUUGACAGAGUUGGCAAAGCUUGUUCUAUAGAUAAAAAUCAAGGGCUUGCCAGUAUUUUUCCAGAGUAUCCCAUAAAGGAUGAUGGAAGUAAGGUGCCACUGCCUCCUGGAGUGGUUUUGGAGGGCACCAACGAAGAGUCCAGCAUGGGUGACAAAAGGGAGAAAAAUAAACAUAGCCAUUCUGAGCAUUCAGUCAACCUGGAAGGUGAAGAGGCUGGUGUACCGGCUUUCACUUCAGUGAAGGAGGGUGAUAAAAGCAAAGUGACUAGUGCUGGGGAGAAGAAGAAGAAAGGUAAAUGUCCUGCCUUGGAUUCUCCAGUUAAACAAGAUGCCAAGGCAGGAAGGGAUGAAGUGCACACUUCCAUUUUAGCAGAGUUUGAUGACAAAGAAAUAAGUUUCACUGAUGAAAAGCAAAGCACUGAAUGUGCUUCCUUGGAGCAUCUGGUGAAGGAGACAGAUGCCGUAAAAGGAACAAUUCCCACAGAUGCCAAAGUAAUGGACAAAAUGGAAGGAAGUAGCUAUGCUGGUGAGAAGGAUGUUGGAUGCAUCUCUCCGGAACUUACAGUGCAAGGGGAGAAUAAAGCAGAAGCAGUUGUUCUGCAGGUUCUAGCUGCAGCAGUGGUGGUGAACAAGACUAAAGAGACUGAGCUGGGUGAAAGAAAGGAGACUGAGCUGGGUGAAAGAAAGAAGAGUGAACAAAGCUUCCCUGAGUGCCCAGUUAGUUUAGAAAAAAAGACAGAUGCAGCUGAGGCUGCUGAUGUGAUUCUGAGAGAUGCCCAAACAGAGGAAAUCAGUCCGACUGAUAAAAUUAAAGGCCAUUCUGAACACUCAGAAGGUGAUGCUGCUGACAAGAUAGAGGCUGGCUUGAAGGACUUCCAAGCUUUGAAGUCUGAAGAGGAUAAAUGUGCAGACUUACCUCAGAAAAAGAUAGAUGGUUCUGGACAAAAAGUGUUGAAAGAGACAAAGAAAGAGGAGAGAGUCAAAGCUACGGAACAGAUAAAAGGCUACAUGAGACCCACAAAGUCAAGAGGGCUUCCUACUCCGCCACCAAGGCCUGCUGUUCAAGAUCGAGAGAAACCAAGGCAGCUGAAAGCCAAUGGUAUGAGUCGGCAAAGGCAAGAAAAAGCAAAACCAGAAGAGAUAAAACCGGUGGAGCUUGUGACGGGAAAUGACAUCACAGCACCUCCAAACAAAGAGCUUCCUCCAAGCCCUGAGAAGAAGACCAAGCCUUCAGCAUCCACACCAUCAGCAAAACCUGCAGCAACGAAAACCAAGCCACUGUCCACUACAAGCCCCAAGCGGCCAGCUUCUGCCACACCUGGCCAAAACAAAAAACCCACCAGCCCUACUGCAGGUCCUACUUCGGCCACUACUCCCAAACGCCCAACCACCGGUACUACACGUCCCUCCACUUUAACUCCUAAAGACACUAAACCAAAGGUAACAGAUGCGAAGAGCCCAGACAAACGGACCUCACUUUCAAAGCCACUGUCUGCUACGACACCUCGAGCUGCUGUAAAGGGCAGCCCUGCCACGCCCAGGACAACUGCAGCAUCUCCAGUUACAACAGCCUCCGGUUUGAGAAACACUGCUACUUCCCCACCCAAAAGGCCAACAACUAUCAAGACUGAAACAAAGCUUGCAGAUGCCAGGAAGACCACUGUGAAGUCACCAUCAGCAGACCUGAGCCGCCCAAAGAGUGCUCCCGCAAACUCUGCGAAGAGCAGCGCCACUACCCCCACUGCAACAACCCCAGGUACUCCUGUCUCACCUGGAGUUACCACCAGCCGCCCCAAACCCAAGCCAGCUGCAGCCAGACCCACCACAGCAUCGAGUACAACUCCAGAAGCUAAAAAACCAUCAACAGUUAAAGCUCCACUUAAAACCAGCACUGUUCCCAAGCCACCUCGCCCAACCAGCAGUGUUUCUGCCUCUGACCUGAAGAACAUACGAUCCAAAAUCGGAUCAACAGAUAACAUUAAACACCAACCUGGUGGAGGAAGGGCUAAAGUAGAGAAAAAACCAGAAUCAGCCGGUGCUGCGCGAAAGUCUGAACCCAAUGCAGUCUCUAAAAUGGCUCCUACUAAAACAACUGUAACAAAAGAGGGUGCACAAAAGCAGCCCAAUGGGAAAGUCCAGAUAGUCUCCAAAAAAGCGAACUACAGCCAUGUUCAGUCCAAGUGUGGUUCCAAGGACAAUAUUAAGCAUGUCCCUGGAGGUGGGAAUGUUCCAAAUGCCCAAAAGCCAGCUUCAGGCAGCCGCUCCCAGCCGUCCAUCGCCCCCAAACCCAGCCCAGGCAGUACCAAUGUGCAGAUCCAGAGCAAGAAAGUUGACAUUUCCAAAGUGUCCUCAAAGUGUGGCUCUAAAACAAAUAUUAAACACAAGCCAGGGGGAGGAGAUGUCAAAAUCGAGAACCAGAAGCUGAACUUCAAGGAGAAGGCGCAGGCAAAAGUGGGCUCUCUGGACAAUGUGGGACACGUGCCAGCAGGAGGCACAAUGAAGCCUGAGGGGGGUGAAGAGGCAGCGCUGCUGGCUCAGGCCCCUCAGAAUGGAGAUGUGACAGCGCCCCAGGCAGGCAGUGAAAUGCGGGAGAAUGGAGUAGGGCCGACUGCGCCCGCUGUGGGUGGUGGUGACCAAAGGGAAAUUCAGAGCUUCGGCACUCAGAUACAAGAAACAAGCAUCUAAUGAUGACAUUAUGGUAUCAUCCUCCGCUCCCCUGCCCCCUCUCUCCUCCCCUUCUCCCCAUCUCACCUACCCCCUUGUGUCGCUGCAGAUUGAAUCCCACAAAUUGAUGUUCCGUGAGAAGGCUAAGGCUCGCACGGACCACGGAGCGGACAUCGUCGUCUCCAAAUCCCCCAACCUUUCCAGCAGCACUUCCCCCUGGUGUAGCACGUCCGUCAGCGAGAGCCUGGGCUCCAUCGCCUCCUCGUCACCGCUGCAACAGCCGGCUCCCCAUGCAGAAGACCUUUCUGCGGUGCUUUCUCAGCAAGGCUUGUGACUCGUCCCCACCCACCCCGCCUCCCAUGUGCUUCCCAGAGUAACUCAGCUUGGAUCCCUUAACCCGGCACUUGGCUUUAGGUGGGAAGGGGACAGCAUUUUAGCAGGGCUAGCUUCCCUUUCAGUGGUGCUGUUUGUCAACAGGGCAAUGUAGUUGUUCGCCCAUACAGCCCAGGAAUCUGAGGUUCAUUUCAUUGUGACAGUGGCUCCGCCUGCCCCAGUGUGUCUCAGGCUCUGGUGAUCCCGUGUUGGGUGGAAAGGGCAUCCUUUCCUCUCCUCACCUCCGAUCCUCUUGCUCUUAGGAGGACAUCAGUGUGAGUCUGAAUGACGUGUUUCUUAGGGACAGGCAGCUGGAGAGCUCUAGACUAAACAUGUGCUUAAAGCCACUUCUUGUUCUGGGGAGGGCGCCAAGCCUCAUUCUGUUGCUGCGUUUGGGCGGAAGUGGUGGGGCUGUGCUGCGAGUGGCCCAAGCCAGGCCGGAGUUAAUGGGGAUAAGCUGUGAUCUUUCUCUUUGUUAACUUUUCCUCCUGCUGCUUCAGUUUCUGCUGUUCCUAUUUAAUGAUUAUCUAUAUUAUACACACACAUUAGGCUGUUUUAACUGUUGACUUUAACCGUUUCAUUUUUUUUUGUGACGAAGUGUUGAUGAUUUAUUGUGCUAUGACCAUGCUAAGUUUCCUUUUCUCUCUUUCCUUCUUUCCCUAACCAUAGGAAUAAAGACAUUAACCGCUGCUGCAGUGCUGGCUUCUUAUCGACAUAUCCAGCAAUUGUAACUGUUGUUUUUCUUUGUGUUGUUUUUUAAAAUAUUUUUAAAUGAUGGAGCAAAUUCAUGUAAUUAAGCCAUGUCUGAAAGGAAAGGCAUAAGAAUGUGCUAAAAAAAAAAAAUCUCUUACUGUAACAGUUCAACCAAGCCUUGUAUUGACUGCAACAAGCGAUGCUAAAGGGAUGCUUAGAGAACCUCCUAUCGGGGUCAAUAACCAAGCCCUAGAGGAUGCCCUGGCACCUUUGUAGUUGCUUCUGUUGGAUUAACAAAAGGCGCAAAGUAUAUUUAUUAACUUGAAUAGCCACAGACCGUUUGUUGAUAGUUUUUUUCUUUGCCAUGGUAUCAGGCCAGGGUCAGGGUAUCAGGUCAGGAAGCUGCUUCAAACAAUAUGUUGCAGGUUAAUGCAGGGUGUGUGUUCUGAUGCAAGGGAUCCAGUGUGAUAUGUAUUAUUUUUAACAAAUGUUAAAUGUAGGAGUCAACAGAUUACCUGGCUAGAUGCAAUCUGGUGGGAGGCUAGGAUGGGGAAGAAGUGAACAGCCGCCUCCCAUCCAGGGAGCCAGAGAGGGAGAGCUGAAUGUCCGUGAAGGGUUGGGAGGGGCAGAGUAGGCAGGCUUACAAUAUGAAGGCGGUACAGCCCUGGCUUGUCAAGAGAUCACACACCAUUGUGGUUUGAGCUCCUUGUUUUAUGUUGCAAAUGACACUAAAGAAACAAAAUGUAUAUAAAAAAUCUGGUGUUCUUGAGUCAUCAAACUAACUUAAAGCAAAAAGCAGAAUAACAAAACACAGGGAUCAAAGUUAACUGACGACAGACGUCUGCUAAGGGGGCUGGCCAAUUUGAAGUAUGGGGGGCGGAGAGGAGCCCACAGCUUCCUCUGCUUGUGGGAAUAUUUCUCUUUGGGAAGCUGACAGUGACACGAUAACCCGGAAUCUGUAUUUACACACAAAGAUUCUUAUUGCACUUGUAUUUUUUAUAUUAAAGUUUGCAUGAUUUCUAAUAAAAUGGCAUUAAAAUGUAAUAGUUUGCAUCCAAGUGGUCUGCUAGUCUUGUAAGUGCUUUUUCCACUAAAUACAAAAUUGAAUAAACAAUGCAGAUUUGCACCUGAAAGGGGCUGUUAUAUAUACCCUGUUCUCUCCAUAAAACUCCCUCUGUUCCCCUCUUCCCCAUCACUACCACCUUUCCUCUCCAAUUCAUGCUACACGCAUGCUACCCUAGGACCAGGGAGAAGCUGCUGGGCUCAUCAAAUUCUCCUGCCCUCUGUGCUUGGAAGUUCCAAAUAGUUGUUUACAUCUUUCAAUGCUUGUUUUGAGGGCCCAUCCCGAGGGGGUUCAGAUUCUCGUAACCUUUUUUCUUUCCUCCAAUGUUUACCUUGCUCUGGAGAGAUGGACACUGGAGACAUAAGGCUGAGGCUGCACAACCAGAGGCAGCCGGGGCAGCACCAUAUCCAGUAAGCCAGUAAUAGCCAAACCAUCCAUUGAAAGAUUGCUCCCCGUGGGGUGGAUUAGGAGGUGGCCCCAUAGCCAGUUGCACUUGCUGUCCUGCUACCUCAGUAAGGGAGGAGAACCUAUUCGAUGUCAAGCAUCCUCCCAGGGUAAAAUGGUUGAAUUGUGUUGUGAUGCCCUGAAGCACUGUGACAGCCGCUCUGGCUCUGCAGGUGCUGGCUCAGAUCUCUAUGAACAUCAAGAAAGACCCAUCCACCUGCAUGUACCCCUCCUGGUAUAUAUCACUGCCCCUUCUCUGAUGCUUCCUACGUUUUGUUACUAAAUUCUAAACACCAGCGAGAUCUCUUUAAAUCUGUGAAUUGGGAUUGAGCGGGAAGGGGGUAUUUGAGCCAGAGAAAUGGUUUUAAGAGUCAAUCCCCUUAACAGGAAAAGGCACAGACUUUGCUUCCCAAAGCAAUAAUGGAAGUUUGCUCUGAAAUAGGAGACCUGACAGGGCUGCACUGGCUGGCGCAUUUCUGCAGUAGGGUAGGUGCACAUCACCCAAAGACAAUCUUUCAGUCCUGUGUCUGCAGGUAUGUGGAGCCCCAGCUAAAUUCCUGUUUAACACCAGAUGCUGGGAUUGGUGGUAAUCUGAAGUCAGGCUUGGGGCUCCCCUCCAGACUCAGGAGUUGAGAAAUGCACACUAACAAGCGAGGUACCUGUGCGGGAGUAGCUGAUAACAGACUCCAGCCAGUGCUGUAAAAUCCAGCCAUGUGCUCCAGAUACAUAUGGCCAACGUUCAUUUGUUUUCUUCUGAAUUACUCAGAGAGGUGGAAGCUGAAAUACCACGUUCUUUUCACUUCAUGCUGCUAGAGACCACAGGGAAGAGUAAAGCCAUUGAGGCAGGAUGUGUCUGAUGGUCCUUUUUACCGAUUUCAUAGGGUGGCGAGUGUUUAGUUCGGGGGCCAUGAUAGGAAGACAGGUAGCAACAUUGCACUUUAUGUUCUGAGAUUGCAAAAAAAGAAAGAAAAAAACUUGUUUUGCCAAGAGUUAAGUUUUACCUCCUCCUGAUCCCUCUUGAUUGCUUUUCUCCAAUGAAUUGGUCUGCAGCAGAGCGAAGGCCUAUCUCUAAAUGUGCACAAACAGUCCCAAACUCUCACAGGUUUCAGCUGAAUGCUAAGAGCUCUCUGUGCUUCUGUGCCACUUCUCUCUAACAUUUAUUGUGCCUGUCUUUAGGUGACUUAAACUAGAUCCAGAUAUACCAGUUUGGUUUUGUUAGGACAGCUUCAGUUUUAUUAAGAAUUUCUGAUUUUAUUUUAAAGAAAUAGCUGUAAGUAUUGCUAGCCUGGGAAUAGUUGUGUGUGUGUGUGUGUGGUUGGUAUGGUUCUGGUUUCCUAUGUAGAGGGAUGGGAGCAAGCGCUGAGUUAUGCUGAGACCUGAAAAUGAAAGCUGCGGGAAGCGUUACUGUCUAUUCUGCAGCAGGUUGGAAAAUCUCGCCGAGAAGCUGAAAAUCCCAUUAGUCCUGGUCUGCCUUUAAAUAUUUGGGACAUUGACCCACUAAUUGAAAACUCCUGAGCUGUUGCCCCUCACGGCUCAAUGCUGCUUCCAUUGCAGUCAACCACUGACUCCAGUGGGAGCAGGAUCAGCCCCCGUGUGGGGAAAGGCUUCUGAGCCGUGUUGACUUGCACUGCUUGAAGGAGCCAGAGGCUCUCUUUUCAGCUGCAUCUUCUCCAGAUGACCCAUGUAAAACGGAAGGCUUCUCGUGAGCCAGGCUCCUCUUCCCAGACAUUAGGGAUGCCAGUUGGGCAGGGUUGAACUGGCAGGAUGUAGAAUAAUGCCAGCGAUCUGUGUGUAUUCUUGUUAGGGUUGAUCCUAGGACUAUGUAGUAAAUAAAUUCCCUUUUGAAAAGUGGUGAGUUGAGUCUGAAUUAAAUGUGGCUUGAAUGUAAAUGUUCCUGGUCUGAGAUGCCCUUGUAGAAACCAGAGGAAUUCCCUGGGUUUCAGGUAUCUUCAAGAAGCUGGCAUGGCUUGGCACAGCCAGGGGACAGGUGGGCUGGGGUUGGCGUUCUUUUCCCUGGUGGCUGUCAGGUUGGGUUUCGUAAGCACAUCUGACAGGAAGCUUUAGGCUACAGUGAACUUGACUCACGAUGGAUGGGGCAUAAAAGCAACCUGCUGCUGUGGUCUCAGUGCAGAGCAGCCCCGUGGCAGAGUCUGAUGGGCUGGAAAUGGGGAUCCGCCCUGCUAGCAAGAGCAGCUCCAUUGUAGCCACGGCAAGGCUAGAGGGGAAUGUGUGUCCUAGGGCCAUGACAACUCUUACCUUUGAGGGAAAAGGAAUCUUUUUCUGGGCUUGUGGUUAAAGCUGGGAUUGGCUUUGAGAUGUCUGUAAUGGCUGAUGCGGUGAAAGGCUAAGAGGUGAGGUUAAUAGGCUCUUUGGAAAGUGACUCCUGCAGGAGCUUGGAGGUUCCUUUUCUGUGAUGACUCUUGGUUCCACCUUCCAUACUUGACCUCUCUCACACACCAGCCUGUGGCAUGGGGGUGCAGGCAGGGCCUCGGUGGGAAUGGCUGGCUGCUCAGUGCCUGGGGACUGUUUAGUUGACAGUGAGAUACACAGUUCAGUGGGGCUUUAAUACUGUAAAACAAAGGACAUUCAAACAACCAGGUGGAUCAACUCAGGGCCGCAACAGCAGGAGGCUGCACGGUCUGGCUGCGUUGGCCGUUGCUGUUUCGGGGCUGCAUGUGUUCUGCUGUGCAGCACCUGGCCCCAGAGGCCGGGCUACAGCCUGAAUGUGCCUCCCGUUGUCAUUCUUGGUCCCUUACUGCUCAGUGAAUGUAGUUCUCUGUGCUGAUCCUUGCUGUCGUCCCCUGUACACAGAGUAGUGCGUCAGUGUGAAUGAGGCUCUAGACUAGAACCAUUGUGUGUUUGGUGCCCUCUGAGCAGAAUUUUGUUCUCUGACAUGAGAACUCGGUGUCUUCCAGAUUCUCGAACUGCCAGGAUGCCCCAUGUUCCACCACAGGUGACAGAAAGAAAAUGCCAGGACCUCUUUAGCUUUUGUUGGACCACUGUGCAAAGGCUCAGUAGGAAGAGUUACUGGUUAGUUGGCUGGAGAAGAGUGUCAUCUUUUUGGGGUGGAAGAAAUGUCAUUCUGCCCAAGUAUAUGCAGUGUUGUAGCCGUGUUGGUCCCAGGAUAUUAGAGAGACAAGGUGGGUGAAGUCACAUCUUUUAUUGGGCCGACUUCUGUUGGUGAGAGAGACAAGCUUUUGAGCUACACAGAGCACAAAAGCUUGGCUCUCACCAACAGAAGUUGGUCCAAUAAAAGAUGUGACCUCCCCCAUCUUGUCACUCCGCCCAAGGGCAGUUUCUGUGUGUGUGUGUGGGGGGGGGAUUCACAAGAAGAUUCUUCGCUUCCCAGAGGAGUUUGACAAGCAGUAGAAGCCAAGAUAAAUGUAGAACUAUGGAAGAAAGCUGUGGAAAGCAUCCUCCACCUUUUGUUGCCCUUUGCCACUGAUGAUCUAGCUACAAUAUAUAUAUAUUUUCCUUCUCACAAAAGUCUCACUUAAUACAGGAUGGCAUCCAGUGUAAGAUCAGUCAAGACUCCUUUAUUCCAGCCCUCUGCUGACUUCCCUUUCCGGCAUUUGGUAUUGCCUGAAGGCUCAGUAAUCCCUUAACAUAGGUACAUGGUGGAAAAGGCAUAGAAGGAAAGUAGGAGAGGGGGGUGGACUGAGAGGCAGGUAUGCUCUGAGCACAGGGCUAGGAGCAAGGAACACUGGCGUUCCAAUCCUGGCUUCGAUAUUGUCUCCCUCUGUAGUCUUGGGAAAUCACUUAACCUCUCGGGCUCAGUUUCCUCAUCUGCAAAACGGGGAUAAUAAUAGUAACCUCCCAGUGGAGGUGUGAGGUAGGAUUAGUGUGUAUAAGAUGCUCUCUAAGGGUUAAGUAUUAAUAUUUUUGUGUUGUAGGAAUAUUAUGCAGAGGCUCCUUCCGCGUCACAUGAGAUGCACCAUAAUGACUGAGGAGAGCACGGAGCUGUCCAGUUUUGGCAGCGACUGUGCAGCCAACUGUUGCUGUAAUGUUGAGUGAUACAGAUGUUCCUAUAAUCUAGAGGGUGCUGAUGGGAGGGGGGAGAUUAUUGCAUGGAUGUAAAGGCUGAGACUCCAGCUACUUGGGAGAGGUGGUAGAAUACUAGAGGGGGAGUGCAAACCCCUGGUACUGACGCCAGGGAGUGAAUUCGUACUGGUUUACUUCUGCCUUUGUUUCACCCUCCUUGUUGACUGUACAAGACUGGUGUCUCCAUUAGCAACAUUUCCUGAUUUGACGUUGUGAUUCUUACUAUUGUAAAGGAUUGAAAUAAAGCUUCUAGAUGUUCAACCUUG